UAUAGGCUGUAAAUAGCAACUUUUUAUAAACGGAGAGGACAAUGAACGCCACAAUCAAGCAGCCAGAUGUUUCUCUUUACUAAAUGAAGGUAGAUUUGAAGCUGCUAACUCACCAUGGAGAGAUUUGUAGCUGAUCUGUUUCUGCUCCUGCUGAUUUCCACAGGACAAGUUUAUGGAGUGUCAUUCUAUGGUGAUGGCUACAUUCACCUGCGGACAGUGGAGGCCUCCAUUCAGACGGUCCUCCAUGUUCGUUUUCGAACCUCGAGUCAGACGGGACUUCUGUUUUUGGCAGCUGGACGCACAGACUUCCUUCUGCUGGAGCUGAUAUCUGGGCGCCUGCAGGUACGUCUGGACCUCGGAUCAGGUGAGCGCUCAUUAAGAUCAGAGAAGGGUGUGCAUCUGAGUGACCUGGCAUGGCACUACAUGGAGCUGAUCCACGACCACCAUACUGUAAACAUGACCGUGGACCGGAACUCUCAUACCAGCCUCCGAAUGCCAGGACCAGAUCUGAAGCUUAAUGUAGAGGAUGGACUUUUCCUUGGCGGUGCAGCAACAUUGAAGCACCCAAAUCUACUCAACAUUUCCACUGGGUUUAGAGGCUGCAUGGAUGAAGCUGUGUUCAAUGAACAUAACUUACUGUCAAGCCUUCGGCCUUAUUCUGGGUAUAAGACUGUCCACGAGGUUUCUUUGGGUUGUAGUGCACAGUUCUCUGCAACAGUUGAGGAUUCUGUCAGUUUAUUCAGCUCCAAAGCCUUUAUAUCGCUCCCACCAUGGGAAGUGCAACAGGAGGGUUUAUUUGAGUGUGAACUUCACCCCUCUGCAAGAGAAGAAGAUGGCAUGGUGCUGUUUAGCUCUGGAAACAAGGGAGGGUUUGCUGCCUUAGAGGUCAGAGAUGGUCACCUGUUGGCAACGCUAGGAAAUGAAAAUGGGAGCAAGACUGAGUUGCGCUCUCCAAAAGCUGUUUACAGCAACCACACCUGGUACCCCAUCAAGCUGCACCUGCUGCCCCACAGGAUCCAGCUGAAGGUGGGCGAGGAGCUGGUCCAGGCCAGCCUGAGUCUGGAGCUGCAGGUCAUCCCCCUUAAAGGACCUCUCUUUCUGGGAGGACUGAACAAAGAAGCCCAUUUAGAGGCAAGACGAGCUGGGCUAGUGUCUGAUGUACCUGGAAGGAAACUGGGUGGAGGAGUGUCCUUCAAAGGCUGCCUCCGAAACAUUAGGUUAAACACUAAAAAAACAGGCCUACCUAACGCUGCCAUCACCAAGGACAUCACUGUGGGCUGUAUGAUAGCGCAAACUCCAGAUGCAGUGACCACCACCAGCCCAUCAGAUCACCAUGAGAUUGAUGUCACAACUACGCAACCAACUACUACCAACAAGAAGAAUCCUAACUUCUUGUUGCUGAGGAGGCUGGAGGUCGUGGAGGGAGGCCGGGCACCACUUGAGCCCAAACACAUGAGGGUGAAUCUGGAUUUUCAGAAAUUGGGCAUUCAUCCAGCCCAGUUGAUGUUCCGCAUUGAGGGGCAGCCUGCUCAUGGCCAGCUGAGGCUGGACCUGAGUCCAGACUCUGAUUGGAUUCUAGGUGAGGCACAGGAGGAGAGGACUAUCACAAGAGGAGUUGAAGAGUUAGACCAGACUUUCAGUAUGCUUGACCUGUGGCAGGGCCGGGUGAUGUAUGUUCACAGUGGGACAGAGGAGCAGCAUGACUUCUUCAUGUUUUCAGUCUUCUCCAACAAUAAGAAGAAGCUCCCUGUGUUUCUGAAGGGAAACCGCCUUCACCGGUUUGAUAUCAACAUCAGUCCUGUUAACGAUGCGCCGGUGCUCAGUCUGCCGGAAGGAAAUCUCAUCACAGUGUUGGAGAAGUCCAAACGACAGCUGAAAACAGAUAUGCUGAGAGUUUCAGACCCAGACAGCGGUCCUGAAGAGCUGAUGUUCAGCUCCAUGGGAAAUCUCAACUCUGAGGCUGGACACCUUGAGCACCAGGAUUACCCUGGCAGGGCCAUUAAUUUGUUCUCUCUCAAUGAUCUUGAGGAGGGUAAGAUCAGCUUUGUCCACACUGGCAUCCCUACUUCCAGGCUUGCACUCAGGGUGAGCGAUGGUGGGAAGUUCAGCAACACAGUUGUUUUAAGAAUUAUGGCAGUGCCGCUGGAGCACAGACUAGUCAACAACACCGGACUGGAGGUGAACCAAGGCGAAGCCUCCAUCAUCACAACCGUCAACCUUGCUGUAGAGGUGAAUGUGGCUGAUCAGACAGUGGAAAUCCGGUAUGACAUUACAGAGCUGCCACAAUAUGGUGCGCUCCAACGUUUGCACUCAACUGGCGAGUGGAAACCAACAACCUUCUUCUCUCAAAACCUGUUAAAGAAAGAAAGGAUCAGAUAUGUCAGCACUUACCGUGGUCUCCAUGCUCAUAACAACAUCACUGAUCAGUUUAAGUGUAAAAUCACUGUUGGUGCCAUGGCGACUGAGGAGGUUGUAUUCCCAAUUGUGGUACGCUGCAUCCACUUUAAGGUCACACGCAGCAAGCUAGAGGUCUACGGUGUCCUGAGUACCACUGUCACACCUGAAGACCUUCAUGUGAUUUCUAAGGGUGCCAAACUCACUGAGAGUGACCUGAACUUCAGGCUCCUGACUUUACCAAAGAAAGGGCAGCUUUACCUGAGUAACAAAGUUCUAAAGCGAAAGUCAACCUUCAGCCAAAAGAACGUCACAGAUGGCUUAGUGAAGUACGAGCUGUUCAACAGGAUGCACUACGACACAAGAGACACGUUCAGCUUUCAGGUGUUUUCUACACACGCCAACUCAACGACGUAUGACUGUAGAAUCAAUAUUAAAGCCCAGCCGACAGCUGCUACAGUUUUAAACAAAGGCCUUUCAGUCCUGGAGGGAGGACAUGCUGUCAUCAGCAAAGAUAUUCUGUUCACUCACACGGCAGGAAACCAUGAAGUCCACUACAGCAUCACUGUGAGCCCCAGGCACGGACAGAUAAGGAAGAUCAACCUUUCCAACUCCACUUCCAUCAACGACAACAUCGUGACCUUCUCGAAUCAAGAUAUUAUUGAGGAGAGGAUCAUGUACGUUCACGACGACAGCGAGACCAAACAGGAUUCCUUCACUUUUGGAAUUGCUGUUUACAAACCACACAGACACCACAGUAAGAAAGAGAACAGAACCACAGGGGAACACACCUUCAAUAUUUCUGUGCAGCUUGUCAAUGAUCAGAGACCAGUCAGGGUUGUGGAUAAAGUUUUCCAUGUGGCUCGUUACGGACAGAGGUUGGUCACAUUGAAUGACCUCCGUUACCGGGACGAUGACUCAGACUUUGAGGAGAGCUGGUUGGUAUACACACGUAGGGGGAUUCCAAUGGGAGAGCUGGUGCUGGCCAGUAAUCCGAACCACAAGGUGUACGAGUUCACACAGCGGGACCUUGAGCAGAACAAGGUGCUGUUUGUCCACAGAGGAGUGAGUUUUGGGCGGUUUGUGCUUUUCGUGUCAGAUGGGAAACAUUAUGUUUCAACACUCAUGGAGGUGACCGCCCAGGAUCCUUACCUUAAGGCUGAGAACAACACAGGCCUCACAGUCCAAAGAGGAGGGCGCACAACCUUCACCUCUGCUAACCUCAGCGUCUUCAGCAACCUUGACAUCCGAGACCCACGAGAAGUGACAUUUGAGGUCUUCCUUCCACCUAAACAUGGUGCACUUUGCUUCAGAGACAAUGGAAAAUGUGAUACUGUAACAGAAACAGUCCAAAUCUUCACCCAGCGAGAUUUGGUGGAAGGGCGCUUGGGGUAUCAACAUGAUGGAAGUCAUGAGUUAACAGAUGGGUUUAAUGUGACUGCAAGAGCCAGGGAGAGGAGCACGGAGAGGCGCACUGAGAGGGGGAGGAGGGAGGUGCACUUGGACAUUGGAGUGCUGGUAAAAGUCUACCUGAAGAGUCACCACAAGGCACCGCUGGUCAUAAAUAACCGUCCAGUUGUGGUGACGGAGGGAAAGAACGUCUCAAUAAGCAGGCAGGACUUAGAGGUGGUUCAUGAGGACAGCAAGCCCUCAGAGAUCACAUUCACGGUCCAAAGUCCUCCCACUCAGGGUGCCCUUCAGAAGUCUUCCCCCACUGGCAAUCAACAGUACUACAAUGAAGAACAGAAGUUCUUCUAUCAAGGCAUUGGAGAGCAGACAGCAAACUCCUUCACCCAGGAGGAUCUCAACCAGGGAUUGAUCAUCUACAAUAAUUGGGCUACAGGAAGCACCAAUGACUCUGUCCUGUUGGAGGCAACCAAUGGGAUCACAAAGGUCGGUCCAAUCAGGCUAGAGAUCGACAUCAUCCCUAUCUUAAUUCCUUUACUGGUGUCUGAUUUGACCCUUGAUGAGGGGUCAUCUCUGCCGCUGACCCCUGAUGCCAUCAAGGUCACCAAUCCUCACUUCUCAGGGAUGAACUUCCUGUACCAGGUCAUCAUUCCACCGCGACACGGACACUUGGAGCACAGCCGGAUCCCAGGAAUGCCCAUCACUGCCUUCACUCACACUGAGGUAAAAAGUGAGUACAUCUCCUACAUCCAUGAUGGCAGCGAGACACAGAGGGACAACUUUAGCAUUGUGGCAAACCAGACGGAAGUCAGGAAGCACAGUCUGCCCUGCACCGUUCACAUCCAUGUCAUACCUGUCAAUGAUGAGACCCCUGUAGUUACAACCAACAAGGGUUUGAAGGUGUGGGUUGGCUCACUGACAGAGAUCACCCCAGAUGAGCUCAGUGCAGAGGACUGGGACACUCUGCCCGAGACGCUGGAGUUCAUCAUCACACCACCCAGUAAUGGCCACCUGGCUCUGAAGAGUGCGCCCUCCAGACAGAUCCUGAACUUCACUCAGAAUCAUAUUCAAACUGGACAGCUUGUGUUUGUGCACAGUGGGGCUCUGUCGGGUGGAUUUCAAUUUCAAGUGAAUGAUGGUGUGAACUUUGCGCCUCGCCAGAUCUUCAGCACAACUGCUCACUCUCUGGUCCUCACUCUGCAGAGAAAUCAUCAGUUGGAGGUCUACCCAGGCUCGACGACACCAAUCUCUAAGCAGGAGCUUCAGGCUGUAACUAAUGAUGUCAUCGACAUCAGAAGAAACCACUCUGUGGUGUUUGAAGUGACCGCUCUUCCUAAACUUGGUCGCCUGGUCCAGCGUUUGCCCAACAACUCCACGCAAAACAUUUCCACUUUCACACAAAGCAUGGUGAAUGAUGGAGUUAUCUUGUAUGAUCAGAACAAGCCACAGUCAGUGGGAUGGUCAGCUUUGGACUCUUUCUCUUUCACCGUAUCCUCUCCUCCUUCUUUUCUUCCUCCGCACACCUUUACCAUCUUAAUUUCCUAUCAGGCCAACAAACAUCACUACAACCCUCAAUACAAGACCAGACUACUGAACAACACAGGUGCUGUAGUUGCCGAGGGAGGCAGGGUGAUGAUUGACAGGACUAAACUUGAUGCUUCUAACCUCCUUGGCCAAGUUCCUGAGUCCCUUCGCAAAGAACAUUGGAUCAUGUACCGUGUGAUCUCCCUGCCGCGUCAUGGGGCUCUGUCCAUACAUGGACACAACCUCACCAGGAACAAACCAGAUUUUUCCCAAGUCACCCUGAACAAAUUCGGCAUCACCUACAUCCAUGAUGACUCAGAGACAACAAGUGACAGCUUUACUCUCCGUGCCUGGGUGGCUCCUUUGGAUUUCUCCUCCUCUUCCUCCUCCUCCUCCUCCCAGUCUGACAGCCUGGCUGUGACGGAAACAUUUAACAUCACCGUGACACCGGUUAACGACCAGCCGCCACUUAUCAGGAGCAGAAACCCGAGGAUGAAAGUUGUAGUUGGAGAGAGCGUUGUGAUUGGGCCAGAAUAUCUGCAGGUUGAAGAUCAUGACACCCCUCCAGAGGAGCUGCACUACCUUGUGAUCAGCAAGCCGGACAACGGGUACCUGACGCUGGGAGAGAGACUGGAGCCAGUGACCUCCUUCACCCAGUAUGAUGUCAACCAUGGCAGGCUGCACUUUAUACAGCAGGGCGAGCCCUCCUCUGGUGUUUUCUACUUCAAUGUUACAGACGGUCAUCAUCGUCCACUCUACAAACUGUUUAGUCUGGAGGUGAUUAAGCCUUCCGUCUCCAUUGUGAACAACACUGGCCUGUCACUGGUCCAAGGCAAGACCGCUGUGAUCCUAACAACCUAUCAGCUUGCUGCUCAAACCAAUGGCCGCAGCCGGGCCAACAUCACCUACACGGUCACCAAACACCCACGCCACGGACGCAUCGCUAUUAACGACCAGGAAGUGACCACCUUCUGGCACGAGGAUCUGCAGUUUGGUCGUGUUGUUUACCACAUGACUGAACUCAGCGAAUCAGAAGACGAAUUCCAGAUCUCAGUGUCAGCAUGGUCUCAUGGUGGGGACUAUGGAAAUGUCACAGCACAGGUGAAGGUAACGGUGCAGCCUCUGAUUCACCUGAGGGAGCAGGUCAGAGUGCCCAGUGGUGUUGCUGUGAAACUGGGGAAAGCCAUGAUUGAUGCGUCUGAGCUGGCAAGGAUCAGCCGAGCAGACCCGGUCUUUGAGGUUCUGUCUCCACCGAAACAUGGAAAACUAGUUAAGAUCACCUAUGACCCUAACCAAGCAUCGGAGGUCGUGAAGUCAUUUACCUUCAGAGAUGUGGUACAAGGCCGGGUGGCCAUUGAGGAGACCCUGAGUGACCGUUACAGCCACCGCCGUGAGAACAAAUCAGGACUUACAACAGCUCGAGGUCACGCCCCCGCCACACCUCUCAAUGAUUCCUUCAUCUUCCUCCUGAAGGCCGGAGAUGUCCAACCAGCAAAGGGCGAGCUUCACUUCACCAUCUUUCCCCACCACCAGAUGCGUCAUGGUCCGAGUACUUCAAAUAGUGCAGAUCAUGUACACAUGACAACCCGCUUCCCAACACAUAAUAGAACAACCUCUGCAGGAGGAAGAGGAGUUGGGCGAGGGGAUUCCACGCCUCAAGGAGAGGUGAGGGUGGGUGUUUCACCUCACGUUUUCACACCAAGGAACCAUAACAGGACUCUACACAAGCUGAGAAAUCACAACCGCUGGGGGAACAACACACGCAGUGGGAAUAGAUCAGGGAUUGGCGCAGAGGGAGCAGGAGCGGAUCACAGUCAUGCCCCGCAACCCAAUACUCCUUCUGUCUCACACAAACAUGGUCCAGCAAACCCACCUGACACCCAGCUGGUGUACGUCGAGGUCCUCCCUCGUCCCUCCUCUGACCCUCUCCUCAUUAUCCUGCCACUGUUGGCCUGUUUGCUCCUCAUUGUAAUCCUUAUAGUCCUAAUUCUUGUGUUCCGCCGCCGUAAGGAGAAACAGGCUCGGCUGCGCCUGCUCCAGCAGCUUGCUGCAGUGACAUUACCAACUGAAGGAAGCCCUUACCUCGGCCAGGCUGAGCGGAGCGUGGCUAUGCCCUCCGUGGUGGUCACUCCACUUGGCCCUGCAAGCUGCCCUACCUCACCUAGGGUACCCAUAACCCCAAGAAGAAGGAGUCUGGCCCCUGGAAUGACCUUCUGGGGGCCAAUGGACGCUGAAGAAAUAGCUGACGAUGGGUAUAUUAUAGGUGGUAACAGUAUAGAAAGAGAUAAUGUUUCUCUUGGUUCAGCAGUGCCAUCUGCUUCUACUGGAUAUAAGACCUCUCUUGGAUCGAAGUGCUCUACUCCAACUCUUAAACACUACCAGUACUGGGUUUGAUGGAAGCAGUUCAAGGAAAAACCUUGCUUUAGAAAUGUAUUUUGUGUGCAAAGGGUAUAAAUGGCAUCUGCGCAAAUUCCUUAGUCAUCUGUGAAACAUCCGACCUGCUGUAACCUUUUAUUAGAGAGGAUAAAAUGAUGCAUUUUGCUGGAG